AUGAAGGUGUCCCUGCCUCCCAUUUUGAAAUCAGCUCCUCCACCACUAACCUCGAAUGAUAAAAUUCUUACUAAUUUACUUUCUCCUUUUUCUUUCUUUUUUUCUCUCUUUUUUCAUUCUUUUUUCUCUCUUUUUCAUUCUUUUUUCUCUCUUUUUCUUUCUUUUUUCUCUCUUUUUCUUUCUUUUUUCUCUUUUUUCUUUUUCCUCUUUUUUCUUUUUCUUUUUUUUUUUUUUUUUUUUUUUUCUUUUUUUUUUUUUUUCUUUUUUCCUUUUUUUUUUUUUUCUCUUUUCUUUUCGUUCUUUUUCUUUUUUCUUUUUUUUUUUUCUCUCUUUUCGUUCUUUUUUUCUCUUUUUCCUCUUUUUCUUUUUCUCUUUUUUCAUUUUUUUUCUUUUUUCUUUUCGUUUUUUUUUCUUUCUCUUUUUCUUUUUCUUUCUUUUUUUCUCUUUUUCUUUUUUUCUUUUUUUUCUCUUUUUCUUUUUCGUUCUUUUUUCUCUUUUUCUUUUUCGUUCUUUUUUUCUCUUUUUCUUUUUCGUUCUUUUUUUCUCUUUUUCUUUUUCGUUCUUUUUUUCUCUUUUUCUUUUUCGUUCUUUUUUUCUCUUUUUCUUUUUCGUUCUUUUUUUCUUUUCCUUUAUAUCUUUGUUCCUUUUCUAUCUUUCUCAUUCGAGAUGUCAACACAAGCAAUGUGA